AUGAUGGUCCAUACAAAAAAAGUGCUGUUUCAGCAUGUCCUGUUGCUUGUACUAGUAAAUUUGUUAUAAAGCUCCUAAAACAUUUACAACAGAAUGAUAAUGUUCAGAUUAUCAUCAAACUUGUAAAACAUCAAGUAUAGGAUGUUAAUAUAGUGUUGGAUAUGGAGAUUACACUUCUCAAACAUCAUGUUAAUCGGCAGAAUUUAACCAUCUACAUGAGUUCAUUAAUUAAAUAUCAAACUAUUUGUGUGAAUACUCAAUUUAAAUGUAAAUAAAUGUGCCUGGUUUAACUAUGCUAUCGCCAAUUUGUGCAGAGAUUACUCAUCUAAAAAUUAUGAUAAAUCUAUUACAACUCAUAUAGAUUGUGAAGAAAAAGAUUCAACUUUUACUAACAGUAGAACUGCCAAAGGAAUAUGCUCAUCAUAAAAAUCCCAAUCUUAUUGCAAAGCUUCUAAUACAACUGAAAAAUCAUUAAUAUGCUUUUGGAAUUCUAUAACUGCUGCUUGUAGUUAAAGAUAAUACAGAAAUGUAACAGUAACUAUAAAAUGAAGCAUGCCACACUUGGUUUGCUAGAUGCAAUUAGCGGAAACUCUGCGCUUUGCUUAAAGAACAGCAUUGGAAUUUCAUGUUUACCUAUUAGUGGAAUUUAUUACCAUAAUAAGAAGAUGAGUUGUUAAUGUACAUUUGGUAUUAAUAAUACUAAAUGUAGAUGGUUACCAGAAUAUCAAUGCAGAGAUUACAGAGCAUAAAAUAAUACAAAUUGUGCUAACUUAUUAGCAUGUGCUGAUUUUGGUUCCACUUUUGUUUCAAAUCGAACCUAAUUUAUUGAUAAAGGAAUUGUUCUUUAUAUCUAAUCCCUUCAGAUUGUGAUAAUGAAGGUACUGAUGAAAGUUGUUGAUGGACUGAAACAUCCUGUUUAUUGA